AUGGCCACUACUGAUCCUGAUCCUCAGCUCGACCCUGGGCUCAUGGGCUCUGAGGAAUUCCAAUCCCUUCUGGACACCACCAUGUCCAAAUCUAUUUCCAAGGCCAUAUCUUCAGCCAUGGGCGCGAUGUCCUCUACCAUCUCGGACUCCAUCACGCAAGCGCUUAAACAGGUACAACCUCACUCUACCCCUGCCUUGACCCAUACCCCUCCUGAAGGGAGGCUGCCAGGCCACAAAGCGUUAACCAAACGCAGACAUUCACAAGACCCCCCCCCCAUGCAGGUUGACCCUGCUCUGACUGACAUGCCUCAGGCUGUCCAUGAUGGCGCGCAACAACCGCGCAAUAGAGCUUCUGGGCGAGCUACGGCUACCAGAGACUGGAAAAGGGCUAGAGCCCAUGAUAUACUGUCUGACUCAGACGAGGAGGGGGAUGAGGGGUCUGACGCCCCGUACUCUGACCCGUACGAGGACGAGCUCUCAGAGGGUGAAAGCCUCCAGGGAAAGCAGUUCCCCUUGA